UCCUGGGUUUUAGCCCAAUGCAGGAAGGGGAGCAGGGGCUGGUAGGUUAGAGCAGGGGGGCUGGGAGUCAGGGUUCAAGCUGCCCAGCUGGCUCCCAUUUUUCUGGGAAAGGUGGAUGGCUGGGCUGGGCCCUUGGCAUUGCAGGAAAGGUGAGUGUGCUGGGGCUGUUAGUCCACCAGCCUUUCACUUGAGCCUAAAAGGUCAGGGCCCUUAUCCAGUCCUCCUACCUGCCCCCCCCCUGUCCUGGGGAUGCCUGUAGGACAGUUUCUAGCCCUCUCCCCUCAUUCACCUAGCUUAUCCCCCACCCCAAGGCUUUACUAUACCCCAACACCAAUGUAGCUGUCAGAUCUCAGGCCCAGUUGCUUAUCCCUUCCCCUUGCCCUGCCUUUCCUUGCAGGCCUUACACACACCAGCCUGCCAGUCCUGUGGGGGCGGUGGGCUGGGGCAUAUAUACUCCAGGUCUUACCAUGGAGCCAAGAUCACCCCCACCCCUGCCUGGGCAGCCCUCCUCCCCAGCAGGGAGCCUGGCCUGUGGUCUCAGCUGCAACAUCUGGCUGGCUGCAGGCCACAGGUCUCUUCCCUCCCCCCCCCAAACUGGCCCCCUGGGUUGCAAUUGUUUAAAUUUCCUGGCACUGGGCUAUUUCCCCUGUAAACAGUGGGGGGGGAGGGGCCAGCUUGAAAUACUGCAGGAGCCGGCACCAAGCCUGACAGGCCCAGGGGGCAAAGGUAGCGGGUGAUGCAGACCAGAUGGUGAUGGUGACAGCAGUAGGUGAUGCAGCAGUACCAUGCGGCUGACAGCAUGCAGUCAAUGGAGGAAGGAGCUCCCGCCCCUGGGGAGGACCCCAUGCCCCCUGCAGCCGAUACCCCGGUUUCUGACACUGUGGCCCAGGGGGUUGCUGACUCCUCUCUGGAGCCCAGAGCCCCCUGCCGCUUCUUCCUGGAGGGCCGGUGCCGCUUUGGCAGCCGCUGCAGGAACCCCCACCCCAGCCAGCCAGCUGACUCCCCCCAGCCCCCACUGCAGCCCUCAGCCCCCAGCAAGAAGCCCCCCAUGAAGACAGCUGAAGAUGUCAUCUCCCGCAUCCUCUGGGACCCCCUGCUGGACCCCAGCAGCUUCUCCGUGGGCUACCUCGACCGCUUCCUGGGUGUCCUGGAGGAACCCUUCACAGCCUUCUCCUGGGAGGACCUGGUGUCAGCUGGGCCUGGGGUGCUGGCCGUGCCCCAGCACCGCAUCCGAUACUUCAAGUACUGUGGCCGUAUGGUGUGGGACAGGGCUACCCGUGCCGAUGACAUCUUUGGUUCCACCGGGAGCAGGUGCACCAUCCUGGAGGUGAUGAAGGAGGUGGCUGAGGCCCAGCAGAUAGGCUUGGGAAUGGGAGCAGGGGCAAGGGACCCUGACUCAGCUGUGGAUGAGAACCACGCCUCAGAUGGGAAGGAUGGAGGUGUGGGUCAUGGCUGUGAGGAGACAGCUUUGGAGAGCCAUGAGGAGGAGGAGGAUGAAGAUGGCCUCCUGGACCCAUACACCAGCCCACCAGCCCACCGGAGACUGCGCCCCAGCCACUUUGUAGCCGUCCGUGUCACCAGCCCAGAGCUCUGUGGAGCCAUGGGACAGGUGCAGGAGACCCUGUCCUGCUGCUGCCCAGCCUUGGCGGGGUUCUGCAUGCCUUUGGGCAGCCUCCACCUCACACUGUGCCUGCUGCGGCUGGACACCCCCUCCGAGAUCAACGCGGCUAUUGUUGCCCUUCAGGAGCUCCAGGCUGAGCACCGGCGUCUCCUGCCUCCUGCCCCUGUGCUGCGCUUCCAGGGCCUGGCUGCCUUCAGCUCCCGUGUGCUCUAUGCUGCUCCUGAGCCCUCCCCUGAGCUGGGAGCCCUGGCCCAGGCCCUGGAGCAGGCGUUCAGACGCAAGGGGGUGACGGUGAUCCGACCCCAGGGGCACCCCUGCUUUCAUGUCACCAUAGCCAAGAUACCACCCCAGGCAGAACCAAGCCUGAGCCUGCCCACAGAGCUGCCAGGGGUGCUCAGCCAUGGGGAGCUGGGGGUCCAGGGAGUGGAAGCGCUGUGCCUGUGCCAAGUGGGGCCAGGGAGACGGACUGAUGGCUUCUACACCAGUGUCUUGGAGCUGGAUCUGUACUGAAGUCCCAGGGGCAGCCCCUGCCCUCCUCCCAGUCCUGUGGAGCUCAUCCCCUCCUGGAUCUGGGGCUCUGCAACUCAACCAGCUCUGAACCAGAACCCUUGCCCCCAGCUAGGACCCCUGGGUUUUGUCCCAGCUCUGGCAGGGAUCCAGACCCGUUUCACUGCACUCCUAGCUUUUGUUCUUUCCAGACUCAUGCCAAGUGGUCCCUCUCCCCUCCACCCAUGCUGCUGUUUUGAAUCACCAGCCCAGAGCCCUGCAGUCUCCAUUUCCAGCUUGCAGGUUUGGCUUUUCACCAUGGUGCACCAGAACACUUGGGUUCCACUGACCCAUGUGCUGUCCUCCUCCCCAGCCUCCCAGAAACAGGAAAGUUAUCUGAAUCUCCCCAACUUAGGGCUCUUGCCAUCUAAGUUGAAGGAGGCUGUGAUAUGCCACAGGCUCUGCAGCCCCCUCCUGCUGUAGCUUGGCUUUGGCCAGUAAAUAGAGGACAAAGGGGCAAAUUCAGCCUUGUCCAGGGGGCACCAAUUUGGGAUAGCCACCUUGCAGGGCAAAAGCCUGGCCCCAAGCUAACUGUAUACCUGUCUUUCCCAGCCAGUACCUUGACCAGAUUCCAACUCUACCCACAAAUGGGAAAAGACCUAAGAGUCCUGGCUCCAACCCCCCUCCUCUGACCCACCCCAGCCACUUCUCCACCCAGUCACAGCUAAAAAAACCCCAGGAAGCACUGAAUUUGUCUGCCCACACCAGAGCGGGGGGGGGGGGGGGGGGGGGUAGGACUUUAGGAUGUCCCUUAGGUGCAUCUGAGGCUUCCUACAACUCACAAGCUCAAGGGUGUUUGUUUCUGAAGAGGCUGAGAAAGGAGAGUGAUGCUGCUACUGGAUGAGGAAACUGAGGCACAGGCAGUCUAUACCUCCCUGGUGUGCCAGGACCAAGAAGCAGAGGGUGCUUAUUCCAGUAACACCAGACAGAAGACACAUCCUACAAGUCCUUUCAAGGUGCUGGUUGAUUGUGUAAAAGCUAACUGCAAGAAGUCUGAGGCAGAGGUGGGAUACCAACCCUUACUCCGUGGGUAGCCCCUGAACCAUGCUGCAGAGACAAUAAAUGUAGUGAGAAACCUU